AUGGCAACUUUAAAGUUAAACCUGGCUCUGUCUUGCUGCCUCUUCUUCGUCUUCCCCUUGGUCAUUCUAACAAUCUCUAAUUUAGUCUCCGCCAAUCCUGAUAAACUCUUCUUAUUCUUCUUCGAGGCCAAAAGUGACGGCACUGUUGUAAGGUUUUUUACACCAACUCUGGUGCCGGCAUCAUUAGACGCAGCAACUAACGUCCAAUCCACGGACGUGGUGCUUAACCCAGAUACAAAGGUCUCCGGCAGACUAUAUCGUCCCAUGAACGCCCCUUCCGGAACCCUUCACCCCCUUCUGAUCUUCUUCCACGGCGGUGGGUUCUCGACGGGAUCGGCUUUCAGCGUUGAUAUUCACACUUACAUGAACACUCUUAGCUCCCUUGGAAACCUGGCCAUACUCUCCGUGGAUUACCGUCUAGCCCCGGAACAUCCGGUUAAGGACUUGUACGACGACGCUUACGACGGGGUGCUUUGGGUAGCAAAACAGGCGGCGGGACAAGGUAGCAGCUCGGAAGCAUGGAUGAAAGAUGUUGUGAACUACGAUCGGAUCUUCGUGGGAGGACAGAGUUCGGGAGGAAACAUAGCCCACAAUGUGGGUAUGCGGAUCCAGGAGUUGAAACCGGCAGGGGUGAAACUUGGUGGGAUGAUAAUAAUCCACUCGUAUUUCCUAACGGUGGAUCCUCUGCCUUCUAUUCUAAAGGAACCGGAGGAUAUGAGAAACAACAUAACUGAAUUGUGGUCUUUUGUAUGCCCUGGCACAACCGGGUUGGACGAUCCCAGAGUCAACCCAUCAUUGGAACCAGAUUUGCAGAUCAUAAAGCCGGCUAAGGUGCUGAUUUGUGCGGCCGAGUUAGACGCGAUGAAGGACGCGUCCAAGGCCUAUUACGACGCACUUAAGUGGAGUGGGGUCGAUACAGAGUUUUAUCUAACCCAGGGAAAACGACAUAUGUUCGAUAAUUUCGAUCCUAAAUGCCCAGAAGCAAUGGCAUUACAUUCUAAGAUUGUCUCAUACAUGCAGUAA